UCUAGGUGGUGCCAGUGUUACUUGUGUUACUUGAGGGACCGGAGUCAUGGACGGUCUUAAGGUCGUUAUAUUUGGUGCUUCAGGUAACACUGGUCUCUGCUGUACUGAAGCUGCCAUUAACCUCGGUUGUGAGGUGACGGCAUUUGUUCGAGAUCCAGAGAAAUUACCAGAGUCAAUAGCUUCACAAGUGACGGUCAAAGUGGGAGAUGUUUUGGAUGCUUCAGCAGUGGACGAGGCUGUUAGUGGACAAGAUGGAGUUGUUAUUCUCCUUGGAACCCGAAAUAACUUGAGUGCAACAACUUUGAUGUCUGAGGGAACUAAAAAUAUCCUCGCUGCCAUGGAUGAGCACGGUGUGAAGCGAGUGUCAGGUUGUCUGUCUGCAUUCAACUUCUGGGAGAGAAGCAAGGUUCCUGAAAGGUUUCUUCCUAUACUUGAAGAUCAUGAGCGCAUGCUUACAGCCCUCAAAGCCAGUAAUCAGGAAUGGAUUGCAGUUUUGCCACCACACAUUACUGAUGAACCUGGCCAAGGAGACUAUGUCAAGGAGCAUGGAAGUGGUCCUGGUCGUACGAUCUCCAAGUACGACCUGGGUCAUUUUAUGGUAUCCUGUUUAUCAGAUGAUGCUAACCUCCAUCAGUUAUGUGGCCUGUGUGAUAAACCUGACUCUUAACUCAAGAAGAAGUGCCUGUUGCCACCCAGUCAGUGGUAUAUCAGGGUGAUGCUGUCAUUCACCUUCCCACCAGUGCUAGGACAAUUGCUGCUACUGCAUAUUAUAGAGGGUUUUAGUACUAUUGUACCUGUACAAUAUAUGGUACUUGUUUCAGGUAUUUUAGGAGAUCUACAAAUUUAGGUGUGUUUGAUAGGCAUGUAUGGUCAGUAGUAGUUUAAUAUACAGUAUUCAUCAAGUAAGUUCAUUAUUUUGUUUUCAAAUCAAAUUCUUACAUAUGCCUAAAUAGCUAACAAUAUAUUUCCAAGUAUUGAAUCAUGGAAAUGACUAAAGUAAGCUAAUAACAUUUAUUCUGUUCAAAAUCCAUGAUAUGUGACACAACAUUCACUUCUCAUUCAAUAGAUGUCCCUCUUGCGAUAAAGAAUCAAAAGUAGAGGGAAAAUAAGGAAUAGCAAUUAAAAUUAAAAUAUAUACAUUAUUUGAGCUAAUAGUUACAGUUCUUCCUGGGUUGUGACUCAACUAGUUCUGUAUAGAAAACCUUCACAAUAUUAGGUAAAACAGUCCUUGGACCUAAUUCCUGCAUCACUAAGGAGGGACACUCCAGACAAUGAAACUGUACAAAGCAUGUUCCAUGAUUUGUGCCUCAUCCCAGUACCCUUAUUCUUUGUUAAUGCAUGUUAUUAUAGGUAUAAUUCUCCAAUUCAUUAUUGUAUUACCUACAUAACAAAACAAAAUUCAGAGUUUUUGCCUUAAAUUAUCUUCUCAACACCAUUAUCAUUGUCUGAACAAACUCAUCAUAAUAUUGGUAAUAAUGAUAUCAUAAAAACACAUGGUAUAUGAAUAAAAUAACACAUGGCAGGCCAUAGUUGCCAAUAUGUGCAUGUGACAGUCUUAGCCACUCUCCUUUGAAAUGUUGACAACUUGACACUGACUGACAAGAUGUGGGUUGAUGGCUUAAUGUUGAGAUAAUUUACCUGCACCUGAUAUAGGUCAUUAAUCCUUUUACACUAAUGACAAGCAGCCCAUUGAUGGGCCUCCCUGGUUAAGCAUGUACAGGAAGGUGGGGUAUUGGCACCUGACAAAUUCCCAUCUAGGCUUUCCUUUCAAAAUACUAGCUUGUUUGCUGGGCAAAUGCCAGUCACAUGUUUUGGAAUAGUUUUCAACACAGCAAAAUCCUGCAUUACUGUACUCCACACAGUUGUGGUAAAGCCUUUUAACAGUAGAUAUGGAUAAAUAAGAUUUAUAUGGUACAUUGGUACAGGAACCUCUCAAUUUAUGCAAUAAUUCUGUUCAUGAAAAUGGUUGUGUAAAUAAAAAACAAAUAAAUCAAACAAUAUAAAUAUUGGAGAUUAGGGUUUUGUGUUAUUAAUAAGACAGUACUGUACCAAAUAUUAUACCAGUACAGUCCAGUAGACCCUUGCCAUUUGUGGGUUUGUGAUUCGCGAUUUCGACGAUUUGCGGUAAACAGAUGGUGGCUAGCUUGCAAGCCUUUUCCCCCAGCAUAAGGGGUCGCCCCACGCAGCAUCUCGUGUUGUACUCUCAAAACUUUAGUGUUUCUGUGUGAAAUGGCCCCUAAAAGACAGCCUAGUGUCAGUGCUAGUGAAGUGAAAUGUAAAAGGCAGAUGUCAGUGAUGACCCUGACAAAGAAAGUUUUAUUGUUAGACAAGUUAAAAGAGGGCAUGAGUGCUGCUGUGACUGGUUGGUUGUUUGGUAUAGGUAUACAGUAGUGCACUAAGGUAGUAUAAAUUGAUAUUUGCAGUUUUGCCAAUUCGCGUCAUUUCUUGGAACCUAUCCCUCACGAAUGGCAAGGGUCUACUGUAUACAUGUAUCAGUAAAUAUAAAAUACUCUGGGCCUUUGCUAGUAUCACAAGCAUGCCAACGGGAACAAUUUCAUGAGUUUGGUAUUCAAUCCAUAUGCUCAACAUUCAUUACAUUCUCUCCAUAAUUGAACUUCUGGAAUAUGAGGUCUUAGAUGCACUGAUCUUUGCACUUUCCUUGAUCUUCUCUGCACUAAGCUAUUCAUUCGCCUCUCUCAUAAAUGUUUGAGCGCAUCCAUCUUCACCUCAAUAAUGAUAGCCUUAUACUUGUUAGCACCGCUGGUACCAGGAGAACUUAAAGGACACUGCUGGCAUGAUGCAAGGGGCAAACCAUGUACAAUAUACAGUAUACUGCAGCACAAAAUACUGUAGACUGUAUCCACACACUAAGGACUGCAAGGCUGGAAACUGCAUACCCACGCCACGCAUACGCGAGCUUCUUGUAUUGCGCUGACAAUGCGACACCACUGCACUACCAUCCCAUUGAUGAUGCUUGUCGAAGGUUGCUUUAUUCCAAAUAUAAGUCCACGUAAAUUAAAAAACGGUGUAAAUGGGCCGCAUAUGUUAUUCUAAAAAUGGCCUAAAUCGAGGGGUACCUGUACAGUAAUACACAUAUCCGGUUGAAUUGUUCUCCAAGUGGCUCUGUGACUCAUUUAGUUGAUUAUUCACUUCAUAAAUGAAUGAUCGUAGGUUCAUUUCUAAACCUGAGUAGAGGACUAUGUUUACCCAUUAUAUAUAUAAGCUAGUAUGUACUCAGCAAUAAGUGAGAACAUGACAUUAUCAGGUGCACUUGCCAAUAAUUUAAACUACCCUCCAAUGCUAUAGCAUGUACAGUACAGAAUAGAAUAAUAACUAAUACAACAUGAAUAAAGCAGACAAGAGGAAGAAACUAAUAUCUUGAAGCAGUUUUUUUUUUCCAGUGGCCUAAUAAAAAAUGCAUUGUCAUAAUUUA